UCGGGGUCCCGCGCUUCCCGCCUGAAGACGCGCCCCAUCGCUCUUCAGCGCUCUCGCCUGGGGCUCCCCCAUUCUUCCCCCGUGGGAGACGCGCCCACCUUCUGGACUCCGAGCGGUGGAGGCGCCAGACGGAGCCUGGACCCGACGAGCAGCGCGCGGCACCCCGCCCAGCACGCCUGCCAUGCACCUCAAUAGCUCAGCGUCGGGCUCCCAGGGCGCGGGCCGCUUCCCGCUGCCGCCGUCGGGGCUGGAUGAGGCGCUGCUGUCCCCAGACCUCCGCAACGGCUCCGGCAACGCGUCGGAGCCCGCGGGAGCCUCUUCCGUCAGCGACCUGGACGUGGGCACGGACGUCUACUCCAAGGUGCUGGUGACUGUGGUGUACCUGGCGCUGUUCGCGGUGGGCACGGUGGGCAACGCGGUGACCGCGUUCACGCUGACGCGCAAGAAGUCGCUGCAGAACCUGCAGAGCACGGUGCACUACCACCUGGGCAGCCUGGCGCUGUCUGACCUCCUCAUGCUGCUGCUGGCCAUGCCGGUGGAGCUGUACAACUUCGUCUGGGUGCACCACCCCUGGGCCUUCGGCGACGCCGGCUGCCGCGGCUACUACUUCCUGCGCGACGCCUGCACCUACGCCACCGCCCUCAACGUGGCCAGCCUGAGCGUGGAGCGCUACCUGGCCAUCUGCCACCCCUUCAAGGCCAAGACCCUCAUGUCCCGCAGCCGCACCAAGAAGCUCAUCAGCGCCAUCUGGGUCGCCGCCGGCCUCCUGGCGGUGCCCAUGCUGUUCGUCAUGGGCCAGCAGAACCACAGCUCCGACGGCCAGCACCCCGGCGGCCUGGUGUGCACCCCGGCCGUGGGCACCCCUGCCUUCAAGGUGGUCAUGCAGGUCAACACCUUCAUGUCUUUCGUGCUGCCCAUGGUGGUCAUCUCCGUCCUCAACACCGUCAUCGCCAACAAGCUGACGGUCAUGGUCCGCCAGGCGGCCGAGCAGGGCCCGGCGGGCGCGGCCGGGGACAAGCACGCCUCCUUCAGCAUGGCCGUGGAGCCCGGCAGGAUCCCGGCCCUGCGCCACGGGGUCCGGGUGCUACGCGCUGUGGUCGUGGCCUUCGUGGUCUGCUGGCUGCCCUACCACGCGCGGCGUCUCAUGUUCUGCUACGUUUCCGAGGAGCAGUGGACCACGUUCCUCUACGACUUCUAUCACUACUUCUACCUGCUGACCAACACGCUCUUCUACGUGAGCUCCGCCGUCAACCCCGUCCUGUACAACCUGGUCUCCGCCAGCUUCCGCCAGGCCUUCCUCGCCACGCUGGCCUGCCUCUGUCCCCCGGGGGCGCGCGGGCGGAGGAGGCCCGCCUUCUCCCGCAAGGCCAACAGCGUGUCCAGCAGCCACACCUUCUCCAGCAACGCCACCCGCGAGACGCUGUACUAGGGCUGGGCGGGCGGG